UCCUCACUCUCCCCGCACACAACAACACACUCUCUACUUGCAGUAAGGGACAGAGGCAGCGGCAACUCAGAUUCCGAUCUCUCUGCUCCCACCUCCCUCCUCCUCCUUCUCCUCAUCCUCUCUCUCUCUCUCUCUCUCUCUCUCUCUCUGCGCUCCUGUAUCUCCUUUCCCCACCCGUAGCUAGUCCAAGUUGUGUGAUGGGAGACAGGAUUCCUCCCGGGAGUUACUUCCAGUAUCCACCUCCUGGCGUUCCUGCAUCCCCACACAGGUCUCCGCUGCCCUCCGUGGAUCGAGAGAGAUAUUUGGCUGAACUAUUAGCAGAGAAGCAAAAGUUGGGACCAUUUGUACAAGUUUUGCCACUAUGUAGCAGACUCCUAAGUCAUGAAAUCAGAAGGGUGUCGGGCUUCAAUCAAACUGUUGCAGAUUAUGAAUUACUUGAGCGUGAAAGUCCAUAUAGGUCAUUAGGUCAACACACAAAUGGUAGACCGAUGGGAUUGGAGGGAUGGUCGGGAAUGCAAAUGGAGGAAAAUGGACAUAUCCAACGGAUGGUCCCGUUUCAAUCCCCCCCAAUGGUAUGGCAUGGGGUCCAGGGAUUAGCAACCACUCCUAUUGUAAAGAGAGUUAUUAGACUUGAUGUUCCAGUGGACAAAUAUCCACAUUACAAUUUCGUAGGCCGAAUUUUGGGACCACGUGGGAACUCCCUAAAAAGAGUUGAAGCCAUGACAGAAUGUAGGGUGUAUAUUCGAGGAAAGGGUUCUGUUAAGGAUUCGGUAAAGGAAGAGAAAUUAAAGGAAAAGCCUGGAUAUGAACAUCUUAAUGAGCCGUUGCAUGUGUUGGUGGAGGCUGAAUUUCCUGAAGAUAUAAUCAACGCGCACUUGGACUAUGCAGUGGCUAUGCUAGAGAACCUUCUCAAGCCUGUGGAUGAGUCUUUUGAUCACUAUAAGAAGCAACAGCUGAGGGAAUUAGCUAUGCUUAAUGGUACAUUGAGGGAAGAGAGCCCAAAUAUGAGCCCGAGUCUAAGCCCAAGCAUGUCGCCCUUUAAUAGUACAGGAAUGAAACGUGCCAAGACAGGAAAAUAACUCGUAUGCAUGCUGAUGAUGGGACACGUUUAAUCACUGAACCUGUAGCAUAUGACUCGUUGAAGAUCCUACUGCAUCUUGAUAAUGUGGACUGUGUUAACGAGCUAAUGGUUGAAUUGCUUAUGGACUCUUCGACAUCUCAGACGGGUCCAUCUGAUCCACUAGUUGGCAAUAUGCUUCUACAUCCAGUAUGAUAUUCUUUUAUGUGCUAUCCCUUAGAUCAUGGAACACAUUAUUAUUUAGCUAUUGCAGCUUAGCCCCCCUAACUUAUAGGCACUCGUUUAGUAGUUUCUGAUCUCCAUUUCCUUGUAUGUGAAGAAUCCUGCACAAACGCUUUCUUUCUUAUGCAUAUAUACUUAUAUGCUCACGCCCAUUUGAAAUAUUAUUCAAGUUUCAUAUAGAAUUUGAUCAUUUUGCCAUUCUGUCAGGUGGCGUAUAUUUACUUACUGGCAAAAUUUGAUGAUUUUACUUCCAUGCGUUUUUGUAGCAGAAUAGUGUCUAGUUCAUGCUCUAAUUCUGCAAGCGAUUUGACAUCAAUGGCACCCGUCUCAGUUAAGAUUGAAGGUGGCUUGCAUAAUGUGACGGACAAAAGAGUUGCAAACGAGUAAGCAUUAGUGCUGUCCAUAUUUCGGUGUUUCCCAUAUAAGGUCGGCUUUGAGCUUUGCCUUGUGUC